CCACACUCGACAAGACGCAGCAUCCUGAGCCAAUACACACGGGGGUCCAAAAUGGAGUAACGCUGAAGACAGUACAGUCAGGAAGCCCACUGAAUGUAAUUUCACAUUCAGACAGAAAUUGUCUGGUCGCAGGUGAAUAUUGACAGUUGUAGAAAUCGCGGGGAAAUCGCCGUCGUUAUUGCUGCUGUCGAGCUAGCUGCGCAGAACAGUCAAGAAUGGAGCCAUCAGAGCAGUCAGGCCCGGACUCCGGCUCUCAGGAUGUCAACCCUGUGUUUCUGCAGCAGCUCAGAGAGCUGGACAUCCCAGAGGAGGCAGCCAAACAGGCGCUUCUUCACACUCGGAACGUGUCUGCCGAGGAGGCGGCAAUGUACUACUUCAACAAGCUGGAGAAUGAGGAGGAAGGAGAUGAUGACCUCAUGUUCAAGAUGGUGUUUGUGGUGAACAUGGACCUCGCCAUGGGGGUUGGAAAGGUGGCAGCUCAGGUCGGUCAUGCUGCUGUAGGUUUGUACCAGGCUCUGCAGGAGAAGAACAGCUGGAGAGAGAUGGCCUGGAAGUGGGACCAUAGCGGAGCCAAGAAGGUGGUGGUCCAGGGCACCAAUGUGGCUCAUCUACUGGAGCUGCAGGCCCUGGCCAUGAGCCUCAGCCUGCCCACCUACCUGGUCCAGGAUGCAGGGCUCACCCAGGUGGAGUCUGGGUCCCGCACUGUGCUGGCCAUCAUGGGUGAGGAGGAGAUGGUGAACAAUGUCACUGGGAGUCUGAAGCUGCUCUGAGGGGCUCAACCCCACCGUGGAGGGGGGGGCAUUGCCCUGCAGUGCCCAAGUGCGUCCAGCAGAAGGCGGCAUUUCCCAACGAGAGGAGGAGUGUUGGCAUGCAAGCGUGUAACAACCUUUUAAAAAAAAGACCUGGAGAACGAAGGAAAACAAGAUGUGUCCCAAAACCAGAAAACAAACACCCUCAGCCAUUUGUUUCCCCUUCAUUCUUUGUCUGAGCCGCUUAGUCGGCCGUUAAGGGGGUUAAGGGGGGGCAGUUGGAGUUUUUUUUUUUUUCUGGUGACCUUUGUCUUUUUCUAACAGGCCACCUACUUAGAGGAGUCUUAUUAGAACCUUAAUCACUCUCACAUCUAGUCUGUUGUCCAGUUGCACAUCAUGGCAAGUUAAAAUCAAGUGUUUGGCGGUUGACCAAUAAUGUAGUUCUGCUUAUUCAAGGGCCGUGAACUUUAGACUAAUACAUUAUGUAAUUAUAAUUAUACCCAUAGCAGAUAUAGUACUUCCCUGUAGGAUUCACUACCCCUGAGUUAAGGGUAACUUAUACACUGAUAAUAUGUGAACAGUCAUUUUUGAAUUGAUUUUUUUGUGUCUGUAUGCAACUAACCUCCAAAAGACCCCUAUCCUGUAGACUCAAUAACAUUACUCAUUAUUGGUAAAUGGCUAUAUUUUGUAUACAUAUGCCUGUUGGGGGCCAUAUACUGUAUAAUUUGUGGUGUGCCAUCCUAAACAGUAUGCGCAGUUACUGGACUUUGUUGUAUUGUUUUUGUUUUUUUCUUUCUUUGCUCUAAAGGAAAAGAAUCCUAAAUUACAUUUUUUGGAUUUAUUGGUAGAAUUUUGAUGAUGGGUGAGAAGGUCUGUGGAGCCAAAAUGUUGUGUAUUGAGGGUCUCUGCUGGGCCUAACUUUAUGCACUCUGACUGCCUGUGGAGGAUAGUUUACACUAACGAGGAUGGUGAAUUUACAGCUUGACAGAACGCAAAUAAUUGUGUGUGCGACAGUAAUUGCUUGGUGAACAGUUCUGCCCAUUAUUAAUCUUAAUACACAAAGAAUGAUGUGUGAGCUGUUGUGUCUAUGUUCUCACUAACAUAUUUGUGGGCAUGAGCUGCCACUCCCAGAAUUCUUAGCUAAAUGUCAGAUUUUAUUUGUAACAGAAGUCUUAAAAAAAUGGCAGUGGCAUGCAUGCAAUAUGAAAUGUACAUUUGAGGCGACCGUUGAAUCCCAAAGUUAUGUCAAUUUGUGUCUACACUUUGAUACCUCCUCUGUUAUACAGUCAUUUGUGUGAGUGCUUCAGACUUACGGAGACAAUUAAAAUGCCUCCAGAUUAAGUAA